GAUCGUUACAGUUCUUUCGCAAGUUAACUAUUAAGCAAACGCAUGCCGUUUUCGACAUAACGCGAGCACGCGCUUUUUUUCAAUUAGCAAAUGUACCAAUUUACAUAACGAUGUUUCCAGAAUGCGAAUACGAGUAAUGCUAUAGUUUUUUAAAGAACAUUUGAUGACGUUCGUAUUUUUGGCCCGAACGAUUUUUCAGUAGCCACAAUGUGCAAAUUGCUCAAAUUACGGAAUAUACGAAAUUCCUAACAUCAGCGAUUCUAUGGGUAUUUAUAGUUGGUGACAGACCGAAGAGUCGUAUCAGUCUCGGACGAACAGCAAGAGCAACAAGAAACCACGAUGUUUCCGUAUCGAGAAUUAUUCUUAGCAGUGACAAUCUCGUUAGCAAGUGUUGUAUUUGCCGAUGUCAUCGUUCAACCUGGUUAUGAACAUUCCGGCAAAAAUCCAUAUUCGCAACCUGCUUUGCACCGAAUAAACUCUCAGACUGAACAAUAUCACACGAAACAAUUACCGAACCAAGAAUUUCAGUAUCUUCAGAAUGCUCGAACAGUGCAUCCCUAUUAUGAAUCCAAAGAUUCAUCAAAUCUGGUGGGCUAUCCAUAUCAUCCAUUCCAACAUUAUUCACCGUACCAUCAUUUUUCACCAAGGAACCAUCCACAUUACGCAAGAAUAGGAAGCCAUGGAUAUUCGCGGCCUUCAGUAUUCGUCGGUUAUCGACAACCUUCGAUAGGACACUGGGGUAGUCCGUACCAUCACCACCGGUACAGAAGGUCACUUGACUCCGAUUCUACAAACACGGAAUCCAGUGAAUCUGCGAACGUUGCACAUGACAAUGAUGUGGCCUCGAAGUCGCCCUUAACCGAUGAUAAACAUCCUAAAGCCACCGACUCGUUACUUCCAGAACAAGAGCCUACUGAUACUAAUGAUAAGCAUGUGGAGAACCGUCAGAUCGCGAUUGAGCCUGUAAUAGGUCCACCACGUUUAAUCGGCAUAUAUCCACAAAAUAUACAGUCCCCUGAAAAAUAUAUAAGGGAAAAUACAAUGCAAGGGGUUAUGCAAUUUUAUUACAAUCCGAACUUAAAUUUAGAUGAGAAUACUCAGGAAAAUGAACAAGAUUGUGAAGAUUCACGUCUUGUUAAUAAUAAGCCUUCACGUAUGAGAUUCGAACAAUUUCCGAAGGAAUCUUCAAAUGAUAAUUAUAACAGCAAAGCUGCAUCCCCGAGAACAACAGAUUAUCUUACUAAAUUCCUAGAUAACAUGAAAUCUCAGUGGAAUCAAUACUAUGUUUCACCAGUAACUCAGCCUCCAACACCAGAGAUGUACGCAAUUCUCCAACAAAAAUAUAAUACGCUGUUGCAGAUCUUCAAACAGUAUUUCGACAUUCAGACAAGACAAAGCAAUCCCAUUCCUUUUUAUUAUCAAACGUUUUCAAGUACUGAUGCACGGACAAAAAAUAAAGGGGACACUUCAUGGAUACCGGAUAUCAUUGACAUAACACGUUAUGUCGAACAGGACAAAUCUGAAUCAUAUAUUCCAUUAGUAAGUGAUUUCGAUCAAGGUAAUUAUCCGUCCCGUUGUUUGAAUUGCUAUACGAAUAUUCCAAACUAUUCUUCGGAUAACUUUAAGGACAAUUCAGAUUUCCAGAGAAACUCUAAUUCAGCUUAUAGUAUCGAGCCUUCAAUUUCGGUCCCUAACUAUGACCAUGUCCCUAACAAUGACCAUGUCCCUAACUAUGAUCCUAAUUAUGCCCCUGAUAUCGCUGUUGUCUCUGACUAUGAAAUUCACAAAGAUUAGUGCUCGGAGCAAUUUGACAUCGAUGAUACCGCAGACGCAUACAAUUAUUCGUCGGGAAAACAAAUAUAAGCUAUUCUAUUAGAUUAUAGAUACUUCAACAACUAUCCAAGUGAUACGCAACUUUAUGACACGUUUUCGUCACCAGUUUAUUAUUAGUAAGGCGCUUCUAUAGAUAUGACGCUGUUAUCGAUUCCUGCCACGUUACCUUGAAGUAACGAGUCGAUUGACCAUAAUGAUUUUCAUGUUCUAUUUAUUAUAAUUACUCUCAUGCACGCAUAAUUUUUUAUAAGCACACAUUCUUCAUCCU